AGAAGUCGCGUCCAGCGUCCAGCGCAGCGCAGGCAGUCAGCGAGCAAGAGCCCGAAGCUCCGAGUGAACUAUUAAAGCAGCAAACUCCAGGCUCAAUGGGAAGGCGGCCUUGCCCUCGUGCUCCCCCUGCAGGCCAGCCCCGCAAUCGUCAGGCUUCAGCAUGCUGCCUGUGCAUCUAUUCCUGGUGGGAGGGGUGAUGCUGAGCUGCAGCCCAGCCAGCUCACUUGAUUCUGGUAAAUCUGGGAGCCUGCACCUGGAGCGCAGCGAAACCGCGCGCUUCCUAGCAGAGCUCCGAAGCGUGCCGGGUCACCAGUGCCUGCGGGACAGGACCGAUUUCCCAUGUCCCUGGAAGGAAGGAACUAACAUCACACCGAUGACUCUGGGAGAAACCACCAGUUGCUACUCCCAGACCCUCAAGCAGGUCCUCCACCUCUUUGACACAGAGGCCAGCAGAGCUGCCUGGCACGAGAGGGCGCUGGACCAGCUACUAUCUAGCCUGUGGCGUGAGCUGCAAGUGCUGAAGAGGCCAAGAGAGCAGGGCCAGUCCUGUCCACUGCCUUUUGCCCUGGCCAUCCGCACCUACUUCCGAGGGUUCUUCCGCUAUCUGAAGGCAAAGGCACACAGCGCUUGCUCCUGGGAGAUCGUCAGAGUCCAAUUGCAAGUGGACCUUCCAGCGUUCCCACUGUCUGCGAGAAGAGGCCCAAGAUGAGGAGAAGCCCCGUGCAGGAAUCUCUCUGCUCUCGUGACACCACGCUCCCUCUCUCCAUUCAAAGCAGACACACGGAUUCAGAUUCAGCACCAACAGGCGAAAUGGGCGUGCAUCGACAAAGAACAUCGAGUUCUUUAUGUCUUCCCUGCCAGAGGCCCGGAAGCAUCCUACUGUACAUCAUACACUGCGAAAGAUGUUUGAAAGAAAACCUGUGCUCUUGCAUUUGAGGUGGCUUCUGAAUAAAUUGAUGAUCUCGGUU